AUGGAGAGCGACGGCGACGAGACCCUUACCGACCUUCAGCCUCUGAUCGAUCAGGUGCAAAAGACCAUCCCGCGGUCUGCUGCGAGCACCGGCGCCACUGCAACCAGAGCCAAGAGGGGGGUGGCCGACAAACCGGUGCAGAAAAAGCGAAAGGCAGCUGGCGAUGAUGAGGUGAUCAGCGUUGACCACCAAGAUGGGGAACAAGGAGGAGCGAUUAAUGAAGGAGCGGGAGCGGGACCAAGUAAUACAGCCCAAGGAGCAGGUAAUACAGGCGAAAAAGGAGCAGGUAAUACAGGCGAAGGAACGACCAAGCGCGGUGGUAGGAAGAAACCUCUCGCCCUCUCGUCUGAGGAGUUGGCGUCGGCGAGAAUUGCGGAUCUACAGCUUAUGACUACCGGUGCCCAGAAGUCCGAGUUGGCUUUGCAGUGGGAAGAGGAACAGAUUCAAAGGGUCUAUGCCGCUGCCCAACUCCACAACUUAGAGGAAAGGAACGAGGUCUUGCGCAAGCAAGCGAAGGCUAUGGACAAGCACAACUCGACGGCGGUUUUGGAGAUCAGGAAACUGGAGGCCGAAGCGAAAUUGGCAGAAUCUUUGACGGAGAAGGAGGCGCUGAAGCAUAUUGGAUGGGCUGAUGUCAAAAUCAAAGCGAUUGAAGCUCGGAUUGUCGCAAAGAGCAAGGACGAUUUGGCGCACCAAUGCCGAUCUACGCUCAGGAAACUUAUGCUAGAGCAGUACAUCAAAGAUCCGACUCCUCAAAAUUUCCAAGCGCUCGGAAUGGUUUACGCGGCCGAUUGA